AUUUGCUCGUUUGGCAAAACUGCCAAUCAAACAACUAGACCUGUCGUACAUAGGGCUGCAACGGUUACCAGAAACAGGCCUCUUUUCCUUCUUUCCUCUACUAGAAAGUCUACUCUUGGUCGGUAAUAACAUAACCGAGUUGCCACCGAAGGCAUUCGGUGGCUUAGGUAAUCUAAAGACACUGGAUUUGAGCAAGAACGAUUAUCUACCAAACGUAAAGAAUGGGUCAUUUGUAUCACUCAAGAACCUGACAUCUCUCUCGCUCACUCUCAGAAAGGGGCGCCAAGACAUACACGGUAGUGUAUUCCUAAACCUUCCAAAACUUCGCUCUUUAACCAUUGCGGGGCCUAAACCAAAGUUCGCCGUAGGGAAAUUCACUAAAUACAGUCUACGAGGUUUGUCUUAUCUGGAAAACUUACUGAUAGAAUGGCAUGAUCUUCCGGAUGUUCCUUCUCCUGCCCUUGACCUGGUCAAAGGAACUCUACAACAACUAAGCUUUAUCCAUGGACACAUCUCUGAACUGAAAUCAAGAGCAUUUUCUGGAUUCAAUCAUCUCGAAAUCCUUGACUUUAGACAUAACAAGUUGGCAACUCUUUCAGAGUAUGUAUUUGAUGGUCUUGAAAACCUGACCUAUCUAAAACUGUCUCACAAUUAUAUCGAGAAAAUUGACAACACAACAUUCCUCGGUCUUAGUAGGUUGGAGACAUUAUACUUAGAAAACAAUCAUCUCUGUUUCAAAGCUGAUGAUUUCUUUCCUCCACCUUUCACUGGGUUAUCAACCUUGAUUUCUUUGCAUCUGGAAAAUCCAGACAGGUGUUUUCCAGAUGGGAUUGAGUCGUUCCCUCCAGAUUUCUUUGCAGGGCUUGUCUCGCUAAAGAGACUCCAUCUGAGUAAAAACAAACUGUGGAAGAUGUUUGCUCACGAGAAAACUAGCCGCCCAUUCGCCAACCUUACGACUCUAGAAGUACUUGACUUAUCUUAUAACAACUUUGACACAAUGACGUCCCUACCGUUUGAAAACCUCACAAAUCUGACAAGUCUCUACCUAUCUUUCAAUCGGAUUUCAACCAUUCCUGACAGCCUUUUCAAAUGUAUACCGAACCUACGAAAGCUGAGGCUAAAUUCUAACCGUAAAUUGGGAAAGUUGCCUGAAAAGGGGCUCGGUUUCUUGCGCAAUCUUGAGCGGUUAAACUUGGAAGACAAUCCCUUGCAAUGUACAUGUGAAGAAGAGUGGUUUUACGACUGGGUAGUGAGCAAUCAGACUAAAACGUUGUUUUACAACUUGUCAAACUACGGCUGUGUGGCUCCAGAACGUCUUGUGCAUAAGACUAUUUUAGACUUUGACGCUGAAGCACAAGGCUGCCACGACAAAACAGGCAUCCACUUGGCGAUCUCCGCGGCUCUCCUUCUUGUAAUCUUUCUCGUGGGGGUUCUUGUUGGAUAUCGUUACCGUUGGUACAUCAAAUAUGGCUGCUUCGUCAUCAAGGCUCGUUUCCAUGGCUACCAGGCACUGAGAGAUGAGAACUUGCAGAAGAAAUUCGACGCUUUUGUGUCCUACAACCAUAACGACCGAGCGUGGGUGAUGAACGAACUGGUACCGCACAUCGAAGAAGAAGGGGACGCGUUCCGACUCUGCCUGGACUAUCGCGACUUUGUUCCCGGCGCGCCGAUCACAGACAACAUCGUGAACUCCAUCUACGACAGUCGUAAGACCAUCUGCUUGGUGACGGAGGAGUUCCUGAAGAGCGAGUGGUGUGAGAUGGAAGUGCAGAUGGCGACCUACCGACUGUUCGACGAGCAGGUAGACGUGCUGAUCCUUGUGUUCCUGGAGGACAUCCCUGACCGCGCCCUGCACCGCUACCAGCGCAUGCGCCGCCUCAUGUGCAAGAGGACCUACCUGGAGUGGCCCAAGGACCCUCAGGAGAAAGCGCUGUUCUGGGAACGUCUGAAGGAUGCGCUGAAGACCGGAGACAGGCCACCAAUAGAGAACAUCAUAUGAACAUGUUGUUCUCUAUUGGUGAGCUUCGGUUCAAAUUGAGAGGCCAUUAACAGCGUUUAAGAACGGACUGAUGAAGUACUGUCAGUAGGACGUACAUUGCUACCUUUUACCUAAGUCAAUGUGUGUAUGUUGUUUAGUUUUCUAUGGGUCCAGGAACACUUAAAAAAAGCCUUCCUCCUGAGUGUAAUUUCUAGCAUGGUAAAAAAAAGAUAAAAUAGAAAUGAAAGGAAAAAUUAAAUGAAUUGUGUAAGAGUGACCAAUCGCAACAGCAUUAAUUGGAACAUUUUAACACAACAAUGCCAAUGAAAAUCCCAUCCACUUUAUUAGUUUAUUCACUUGUAAACAUGUUAUGGUCAUUGAUUCUACUGUAAAUUCUGAUUUUCAAUGUUAUACUAAACAGAAAUUACUUUUGAAAUUUAGAUAAGACAAUAAUAAAGUGAUGUUAAUAAUGAAGGAAAUAUGUUUGCGUAGUUAGUUCUACAUAUGGUGUUCCUCUGCUUUUGAUCAGUAGUGU